UUUAACAAUUUCAAAAUCAGACCCAGUUAUAGCUUGACACACUUUUCUUCUCUACAAUAUGGGAACUGUUAGCCAGGAUGAUAGCACUGAUCCAACACACAUGCAUGCAAAAUUCUAUGGGCAGGCCUGAAUAGUGGAAGGGAAUCACAAGUUUACUCAUGGCAGAGGAUGAUACGAUACAACACAAUACAUGGCUGACACAGUACUAUACAAAAUAAGCUUAAUAACGAUGACAAUAAGAGUAUAGUACAUAUUUUAUAGUGUAGUAUGAUCUGAUAACACAUAGUUAUGUUGAGGGCCAAUUUGGCAUCCCAAGGUUUUUAAAUUUACAAGUUUUCAUUAAAAAACAGACAUCAGCUGCUUUAAGAGUUUGUGUCCAUUUCUAGCAGCAGCACCACUGCAUGUGUUUAAAGGUAACAAUAUAGAAUACAAUGAUAAUGUCAUUGCCCCCUUGUUUAUCAUGAAUUAACUGAGAUUAACCACUUUUUUUGGAAAGUUUAGUUCAGUUUCAUUAUCUACACCCAGACCUGAUUACUGCCAGACCUGCUGAAUCCAGAAAUCCCUUAAAUAGAAUCUGUCUGACCAAGUGAAGUAGGCUAAAGAUCUCCAACACAUCAUGGAGCCAUCUAAAGAAAUUCGAGAACAGAUGAGAAACAAAGUCAUUGACAUCUGAAAAGGGUUAAAAAGCCAUUUCUAAGGUGACACUGAGAGCCAUUAUCCACAAAUGGAGAAAACCUGGAACAGUGGAGAACCUUCCCAGGGGUGGUGGGCCUGAGCACAUCGACGACUCAUCCAGAUGGUCCCAAAGAUCCCAGAACAACAUCUAAAGACCUGCAAGAUUCAAUGACUCAGUUGUCAGAGUUCAACCAUAAGAAAGAGACUGGACAACAAUGGCAUCAUGGGAGAGUUCCAAGGCCAGAACCACUGCUGACAAAAAAGGACUCAAAGGCCUGACUCACAUUUGACUAAAAACAUCCUGAUGAUCACUAAAACUUUUGGGAGAAUAUUCUGGGCUGACCAGAAGUUGAACUUCCUGUUACAGCUGGAGUAAAAACUAACACAGCAUUUGAUAAAAAGAUCAUCAUGCCAACAGUCAAACAUGGUGGUGAUAGUGUGACGGUCUGGGGCUGCUUUGCUGCUUUAGGACCUGGACCUGGAACCAUAAAUUCUGCUGUCUACUUGAACCUGAUUGAGAUGCUGUGGCAUGACCUUAAACAGGCCCCCCUGGCUCUAGCUCUGGAUUUUCUGCUUCUCUAUCUCUUAAGUGAUUCUUAAGGCAAUAUCUUUUACUCAGGAUGCAAAUUCUUGAAUUCGCUCGUUUAGUCAGAGUCCAGACAGAGAGCUGACGAGCUCUUUAGCAGCAGGCGUGCUCACUGCCAGGUGAGACUCAGGAUGUUUGAGGACAAGGUGUGAAUCAGCUCUGGAUGCUCCUGAAGUGAUGACUGACCUCCCUCGCCAUCACCACACCUGCCAUCAUGGUUACCCAUCAGCUCGGUGACCAAACUAUCUGCCAUCAUCCCCCAUCCAAUCAACUGCAGGAAUGCAUGUGAUGGGCAGCGUCUCCCCUGCCAAUGAGAGGGAGGGUUUCUCCCUGCAGGAGGAAGGCGCCGCCGUGGCCGUUCCAACAUCUCCUCUUGCUGCACCUCAUCCUACAUCGUCUUCAUUUUCUGGUAUCAACCGGACCAGACCGACGCCCCCUGCUCCCCCUCCUCCUCCACCUCCACCCCCACCACCUCCUCUUCUUCCUCCUCCACCUCCCUUGCUGCCCCUGCUCCCUGGGCUGGGAAACCCUGCAGAAGGCCUGAGGAAGAAGAAAAGAGUGAGGAGUUUCUUUUGGAAGACAAUCCCAGAGGAUCAGGUGAAGGGGCGGGCUAACCUGUGGACUCAGGGUCAGGUGCAGCAGCAGUUCCAGAUCGACGUCCAGACCAUCGAGGAGCUCUUUGGUCAGAACGACUGUCAGUCAAAUGCCAAGGCCACGCCCACCAGGGGAGGGAAGACCAGGAGCUCCUUCAGGGAAGCCAAAGAGGAGGUCACUAUUCUGGACCCUAAGCGAGUCAUGAACAUUGGGAUUUUCCUCAAACAGUUCAAGAGGUCCAAUCAGAUGAUAGUCGAUGAUAUUCAACAUGGUAACAGUGAGGUGUUUGGGGCAGAGCCUCUGAGAGAGCUGCUGAAACUGCUGCCAGAAACAGACGAGGUUGAGAAGCUGAAAAGGUACCGGGGCGACAUUUCUAAGCUCUCAUUGGCUGAUUCGUUUGUGUACCUGCUGAUUCAGCUGCCCAGUUACUCGGUGCGUAUCGAGUCCAUGUUGUUGAAAGAGGAGUUUCCUGGAGCAUGUGAAGCCAUGAAACGAGACCUGAAGAUCCUUCGCUCUGCUACCAAAGAGUUAAUGUAUUGUGAGGAGCUCCAUGCUGUUCUCCACCUGGUGCUGCAGGCCGGAAACAUCCUCAACGCUGGAGGUUAUGCAGGAAACGCAGUGGGCUUCAAGCUGUCCUCUCUGCUGUCUCUGGCUGACACAAAAGCCAACAAACCUGGCAUGAACCUGCUCCACUUUGUCGCUCUGGAAGCCCAAAAGAAAGACAACAGGCUGUUGGAGUUUCCUCUGAAGUUGAGUCAUGUUCAGCCUGCAGCAAGGAUCUCUUUGGAAACGCUCGACACUGACCUCCAAUGGCUGACAUCUCGCACACAUGCCGUAGAGGAAAACGUCCAGAGAGACACAGAGCUGCUGCAGCAGCUGGACGACUUCCUCCAGUCAGCCACCUCGUCUUUGUGCUCGCUGCGCUACAGUCGGCAGCAGCUGAAGAAGGAAGGCAGUGAACUGAUCGACUUCUUCUGUGAAGACAGAGAAACGUUCAGACUGGACGACUGCUUCAGCAUCUUCCACACCUUCUGCUCCAGGUUCACUGAUGCUGUCAAGGAGAACAUGGAGAGGGAGGCUAAGGAGGCGGCACGUCGGCGGCGGAUCCAGGAGCUUGAAGAGCAGAAAAGGCACUCCUGGGCUGGGGGUGAGGAGGUUGGCGGAGCCUUUGGAUUAAGGUGCAGUAGCGAGACAGAUAUGUCGGUUGCCAUGUCGAGACACAGCGAGGCCGGACUGCUGGUGGAGCUCCUGACCCGCCCACGUUCACCCAACACUCUGGGACAUUCUGGGAGCCUACGGCGCUCAAGAAACUCUCCAUCCACCUCGCCGUCUAUAGCAGCAGAACGUGAACUGAGCACGCUCCUGAUGAUGGGGACUACUGACAACAAAGUGACCCAACAGAGGGCUUUUCAAUCAGCCUCGCCUGACGUUACAAGUCCAGGACUUUCGCCUAAGCUUCGCCCACACAGUCCAAGACUAAGGACAAGCAGCUUCCCCCAGAACCAGCAGCCUCAAGUGCAAACUUCCUCCUCACCUCCCAAGAUAAUUUUGAGUGCAAACCAUGCAACCGCCUCUUACCUCAGCAACAAUGCUACCCCGCCUCGAUUAAACACCAUCAACCCCAUAACUAACAAUACAGUUACACCUACCUCUGAUGCUAACCAGCAGUCCUACAGCAAAGACGGACUCUGCUCCAGUUUGAGCGGCCAGGGAUCUCCCCCAGAUCAUCGAACUCGAUCUGGUUUGAGAGGGGAUUUAGGAAGAAAUAGGAAAGAUGAUCAGGACAUUACUGGACCACUCACCAGUGGUGACAAGAAGUUUCAAUCCAGCAUGUCUGUGGUUGUUGAGAAAUGCAUGCUGGUGCCUGAGCUUAAAGUGUUUGAAAAGGUGACCAGCAAGAAUGAUAAGCCUUCCACCAGUCACCUACAGGAGGAUUUGGUAGUCACUGAUCUAGAGGUAGAAGACAAAUCCAAAGUUGAAAAAGCACAGAAUGACCUUAAGAUUGCAGAAGAAUCUGAUAUGCAAAGAGAGGAAGAGGAUCGCGAAGAAGACAAGGUGAUGGUGUGGUGUGUGACCAGUGUGUGUGAGGCUGCCAGCGAGCUCUCAAACACUGACAAACACACAGAAACUGAGAGGGAUCAGCAUAGGAGUGACAAUCAGGGAGGAGGUCAGCAAGCUUCCUCUUCUCCUGCCAAUGGCAUGCCUUUAAAACCUCAACUGGCCAAUGAGAAGCAAGUGCCUGAACCCAUCAGUAGCCAACCGGUGCCUGUUUCACGCUGUGACAACCCAUCACUUCAAGACACCUCCCCAAGAUGGCGCCCAGCAGAGUCUCCAUCAGCCAGUGAACUGCCUGCUCUCACCAUAGAUGCCUGCGAGAAAGUUGAAGAACCAGCCAAUCAAGCUUCCCCCGAUGAUGAGAGAGAAUCCGAGACAGUCCAAGACGCAUCACUGGAGGACGAAAGCAGAUCUGAGAGUGGUUCUUGUCAUGCAACCAAUGAAGAAACAGAGGUAGAGCUUUCUGCUAAAGACAAGGCACAACAAUCUUCCAAACAAUCCACCAAGAACCCCUCUACCUCUAAGUCUCAGUCAGGUGGGAGUAAACCUGCAGCCAACUCUCUCACUAAUAAGUACAAACCAGUCCGCACCCUCACCAAUUCAGAGAACCAGGGCAUGAGGCGGGUAGUUCCUAUCUCAAGAACCAGCCGAAGUACUCCAUCUCAGGGCAAACGUCCCGAGAAGCCUGGAACUCAGCAAGGUUCGGCAAGCGCUGCAGCACCUGCUGGUCUGAAGGUCUCCAAUGUCAACAGUGCAUCUGUCAAACGAGGAGAGAGGCCGCUGACUGCUCCUUCAUCCCGACGCUCCAGCAUCCCCAAGGAUCCCAAGGAACAGAAGGUCCCAGGUAUUCAGGCAUCCUCUAGAGAGCAGAGCCAGGACUUGCAGAGGAAGCCAUCCAUCCGGAAGCCUGUAGCAAAACCCAAACCCCAACCUGAGGAGAAGAUUUGCCGCUCCACACUAAGGGCACUUGCUCAAGGAGGAGGGGGCAGCGUUAGUGCCCCGGCUACUCCUAUGCACAAAGCAGGUACCUCUUCAUCCGCACUUCCAAGUUUUGCUCGAAGCACCGCCUCUUCUUCUUUCAGAAGGACUCAUAGCACCUUUACGCCUCCUGCCCCUCCUCAUUCAUCCCACUCUGGUUCUGAUGCCUCCCCAAAACCUUCCCCCAAGACCACCUCCUUCUCCACCGUGACCCUACCUGGCACCUCCUCCCCUUUUACCCGAACAGGCUCUUUGAGAGUCUCGACAACCCCCAAACCCUCAGAUCCACCCAACAGUUCCACCUCAUCCCCGCUGACAAGGUCACAGAGCAUCAGGAUGACUCAUCGCUCCUCCCCCCACGACUCCCUUAUUCCCCCUAGAGGCCACAGACGGAAUGACAGUGGCACAUUCUCUGACAAGUCAAGUCAUUCUAGGGACUCUAGCAAAUCCACCAGGCCAAACUGGAGAUAGCAGGACAUAUCUGAGACCGAGAGGUCUCCCAUUCCUCGUUUUUACAUGAAGAGGGGACAUUGGAGGAAACGUUUCAAAAUGUAACACAGACUCCUGCUGAUGAAGGAAGGAAAGGAAGCUUUCCUGAGCAAAAAACAGCUUUUAUUGUUGAGAGCGUGGAAAGGGUAAAUGAAGCACAGACACUGUUGAGUUAAGGAGAGUUAAGUCUAACAUUAAGAUAAUUUUUUCCCCCAAGUGUAAACUCUGCUGCUGGUAGAAGCAUGUUCUCUAUUUGACGACACUACAUCAAAAAGGAAAUCCAUUUGUUUUGGAGGGUCUGAAUGCCAAUAAGUACACAACAAUUUGGAACAGCUCCAGUAGAUUGCCAAGGACCAAAGCUAUGCCAUGGGCUGUAGUAGUCACAACCUUAUCCUGUGACAACCUAAAGGGAAGGAUCCCACAGAGACAGUUGUUUAAGAGUUAGGCUGGCUGCAAACCAGACAACCCAGUAGACCCAGUAGUACUAAGAAUGCACUGGUGUAAUAAUACAGGAGUUAAAAAGCACAUGCCUUUAUUUGAAUGUGCUCUAAAUAUUAUUACGACUGCAACUGAAUAGCGACAGUGAAGUCUUUUGCACACCAAGUUCAAUUUUUUUAGCCCAAACUGUUAAACAGUUGUCAGUUGGGUUUUUACUCUGAUAAGAAAAGUUGUGUCCAUCAUUAUUUUGUUUUUGAGCCAGUUUGAGCUGCUUAUUUUUGUGUCUGUCCAAGUUAUUUUAGAGAAUUGUUGACUGUUCAGAGCAGUGACUGCAGCUCCCUCUCGUCUCUCCCAUGCACCAUACCAUCCCUCUAAGCAGUGUUGUGCCCAUUCUGUGGAUUUCAACUUCGGAUGAGAAUAGAUAGAUGACAAAAGCCGUAAAACCACAGAAAUAAAGUCUGAACUAAAACGAUGCGCUCUGUCCUUUUGACACAGCACCAUGACAGACACACUUGUGCAAAUAACUGAUAACUAUGAUUGGUUAGUCAGAUUAUUUUUUCUUUCUUCAUUGUCACUACUUUGUGGCUCUAUUAUGUCUGGAACUGCAGUUUUCACAAUGAACACAAAAUAAACAUCUUAAAUGCAGUGUGUAGUUUCUGUGCAUCUGAAUAAAUAUGAACUUAGUGUGCAAAGACCUCAGUGCAUUGAAUUAGUCUUCCUUUUUGAUAAUGAGGACUUCUGCCCCACCAAACCAACUGUCCCUGUCUUAACCUCCUGAAACCUGAGCUUUUGUUCAAAUGCAUUAGUAGCUUCUCCCACUUGUAUGGGAAAAGUACGACCUGAUAACAAAUAAUUCACUAAAAUGUAAUUAAUAUGAACAUGAAAAUGAAAGUUGUGGUCAUUGUUUGUUUGUUGAAGGCUUUUUACAACUGCCAGUGGAUUCAAGUCGGCUUAAGCUCAAGUCACAUCAAAAAAUUAAGUCAUUGGGAUUUUCUGUUCGCCAUGAAACAGGAGGUUUUAUUUUUCCAGUCUUAAAACACUCCUAGAGUCAUGAAUAUUUGCAUGAAACUUUUAAAUGAGAAAAGCAGCGGGCUGAUAUCAAUUUAGGACAAUAUAAAAGGUUCAUCUUAAAGAAAUUGCCUAAAUUUAUAUGAAAAUUCUUACACAUAUUUUCAGUAUCCCAAAAAAAGUAACCCCAAAAUUUCUACAAAAUGUCCCCAAAUUUUUCAGUGAAACUCAGUAAAACUUUUAUUCUUCUUUAGAAAUAAUCAAACCUGACAAACAAUGAAACCAGCAUUCAGAUAUUACAUGGUGAUGGUCCAAGCACAAAUAAAGACUGUGCUUGGACCAUCACCAUGUAGUUGUAGUAUUAGCUACUUUCAGAUAUGAAAAAAAGAUGAAAACUAUCCACAUUAAAACCUUUAUAAUGAAAUGUGCCAUUUCUGAAUUAUGUCAUGCAAUUUGAGUGACUGGUUGUUUCCUGUUUUUUUGAUUGAAAUCACUAAAUUUAAAGUCUUAAUUCCUUUUUGAUUCUGCACCUUUAACUUCACUAACCAACAUGAAGAAUCUUUGUACAUGAGGACUGAUUUAAGUAGACAUUUUUAUCAUGAUUGUUGUAUUUUGAAAGAUUAGAUUGAUAAAUAAAUCAGAGAAACAUUAAUCAAUGAGAAAAUAACUUUGACAAAGAGAUGUUUAAGGAGUCUCUGAUUGAAACAUGGUUGUUUGACUCGCUGGGAAAAGUCUGCAGUGCCAAGUUUGUUCAUAUGAGGAUAUUUGAUAUUUCUGUAUCUAUAUUUAUGUACAUGUAUGCAUUAAUACUUGAUAAAUAUUAUCUAUAUACUAAUAAAUAA